CAUUAAAAGUGGUAACCCUAGACACUUUCUAUUUUCUGAUUGCGUUGUUGUCGAGGAAACUCUGCGAAAAUUUCGGUAAUAGUGCAACCUUUCACUGACCUAAAAGCAGACUUGGCAGAGGACCUAGCCCCAAGCGAGGACUCGCACUAAGAAGCGGAGACGCAGAAGUAGCAGCAGCGAGGAAUAAGUAAAAAAUAUCCACACGAUGGCCGAAGUGGAGAAACCGACGGCCACCCCGCCGACCGACAUACCCCUGGCUACGCCCCCGAGCACCAGUGAUUUGGAAUCACCCGCAAAGGACAGCGCGGGAGCGGACGUGGAGCCCGGCACCUCGCCCACGCAGGAACCCAACUCAAACUCGCAUCCGCACGACUCCGAAUACGACACGGCGAGCGACCUGGAGGGUGGCGAGGACUACGACGACGAGGAGAGCGGCAGCGGAAGUGCCAGUGGCAGCGGCAGCGAGGAGGAGACGGAAACGGACGACGAGGACGAGGACGUGGGCAGCGAGACAGACGAUGGCGAGGCGGAGCACGCUCAAGACCGGUCCAUCGCUGACAGCGAGGCGCAGAAGAAGGUCGACGAGGACCGAAGUAAUCCCCAGUACAUCCCCAAGCGGGGCACCUUUUAUGAGCACGACGACCGGACGGCAGAAACCGAGGGCGACGUUCUAGUCGAGCCCGAGAACGGCGCCGGGCAGGCUCAGCCAGAGCCGAAUGGCGAUCUCAAUGGACUCGCAGCAGCCGGGGCAACCCCCGCCGGUCAGACGCCACAGAUCUCACAGGCCUCCAAGACCAUGCGCAAGUGGCAGCCGGCGUCUGGUGGCGAUCGCUGGUCCCACGACCGCUUCGAGGCGAGCGAGCAGGCGCCCAAGUCGCGGGCCGAGCUGUUGCAGGCUUACGGCUACGAUAUUCGAAAUGAGGACGCACCGCCUCGAGCACGACGGCGUCGGCGCUAUACGCGGGGUCCGAGCAAAUACUCAAGGAACUGGGAGGACGAGCAAGCCUAUCUUAAGGCCAGCAAUAAGGAGCGCAAGCCGCCGCGACCGCAGGACUUCCCGGCCCUAAAUGAGCGCAAGCCGCGUGGACCACGCACCUCUUCUUCCCGGGAGGAGAAAGAGAAUCGCCGCUCGGGCGGUGCUGGAGGCAUGGGUGUAGAAAAGCAGCAAAGCGUGGCCAGCAGCUCGAAUCCCAACAGAUCCCAGGAGCGAGAGCGCGAAAGGGAGAGGGAAAGGGAAAGAGAGCGUGAGCCCAAGAGCCGCAACUUUGGGCGGAUGAACGGCGGUCCAGGUCGCCAGAAUGCCAUGGAAUUCAAGAAAUCUGGCCGCGGACAGCCACCGCGCGAGAGGGAGCGCGAUCAACUGGACAACCGCAAUCAGAAGCAAUCGACUCCACGCUCCAACCAGCAGCACCCACAGCAGCAGCCCCAGCAUCAGCAGCAGCAGCCGCAGCAACAACGACAGCCGGCACAGCAGGCGCAGGCUCCGCUCUCCACCACGAACCUCUCGCAGCGGUUGCAGCAAGUGCAGCAGCGCAACGAUCCCAGCCAUGUGGGCAGUGUCCAGAUGCACUCGCUGGCCAACCAAAGCCCACAGCAACCGCCGCAGCCACUGCACCAGGAGCAGCGUAACGCGCCCAAGCGGUAUUCGAGCCUGCGACGCUCCCAGCAGGAGGCAUCGCAGCAUCUCGCGGAGCAGCAACAGCAGCAGCAAAUGCAGCAGCAACUGCACCUCCAGCAGCAGCAGCAGCCUCAACCAUCUCAGAUCAUGAUCCAGGACCCUCACGUACUCAUGCAAAUUGCUUACCAGCAGCAGGAGCUGCAGGCGCAGCUGCAGACAAUGCAACUGGGACCAACUGCCCCUGGGGCAGUCCCAGCGCCACCAAAACCUCAUGCGCCACCGGCAGCUGCGUAUCCGCAGGCGCAGGCGGCGCCCUACUAUGUGACCGGUACGGAGCCAGUGCCAGUGCCCGUACCCGUAUCCGUACCCGUACCCCAAGCACCAUAUGUGAAUCCGGCCAGUGCCGCCUACUUGCCCACCACUCCCGCUGCCGUGGCCUAUGCGCAGGCAGCGCCGCCUGUGGUGCCACAGCCAACUCCGGCGCCCACCCAGGCGCCACCCGCAGCCCAGCCUGCACAACCUUACCAAAACUACAACACUGUCGGUGGCACCACCUACUUUGUGCCACCGGCCCAGACAGCUAGCCGACCAGCUGCUUUGCCUCAGCGUCGCCCAACCAAUGCUAUUCCCAUCCUGCCGCCAUCAGAGAAGCACAAGACGAAGGGCGGCGGAGGCAAGGAGGAGGGCAACUCGGACAACAUCGAUCACAUCAUUGACAACAUGUUCGUUGCGCGACCCUCGGCUUUCCAGCCUACCGGAGAGGGUGCUGCGGCUGGAGGAGGUGCAUCCAAGGAAGAUGCAGCCACUCCCCCGGCUGCCGAGCAGAACCUUCAGCCGGUGGCGGCCACUGGGAAGGAAUGAGUGCAGGUGUAUGCUGGCAUGUCGACGCCGCAGCAGCAGAGGCGAGGUCAGAGAAUGGCUCCUUCUUCCCCCUCGUCCACCUACGGCAUGCUGCCGCCGCAGCCGCACGCCGGCUAUUACCGCGCUCCGCCGCACUAGCUCCAACCAGCUUUGGCCAAGCUCUGGCUCAGCUCAUCUAAAGAUUUUUUUUCCCCCAUUCUGUCCUCGGGUCUGGGAUCCGACGAACCCCAGAAAUGAAUUAUCGCAGUAAGAACCAUUUGUAAUUAGCAUUUAGCUCCCAGAUAAUCGAUCUUACUAACGUCGAAUCCACGUAUAUAGGACGAGAAUAUAUAAAUAUAUAUAAUCAGGCGCAAGCUCCCAUUAAACUGUAUGUAGUAUCUAGGACCAGCUGCGGAUUCGUUUAUUAAGUCGAAAGUGAAAACGUGCUGGCGGCGAGGCGCUUAGCUUAUUUAGCCGCAUUUUAGAGUUGAAACAAGAGAUUUAUCGUGUGAAUUGUAUUUGUGAAAACUAAUAGAACUUGAAUUUGAAUAAACGUUUAACACGAA